GGGGCUGCUGCUCUAGUAAAAGUAUAUAUCUGUCCGAUGCUGCCGGAGACAAUUCGCUGGAUCGGUUGGAUGGGUUGGGACGAACGACCCGUUCUGCUGGUACUUGGGGGACGACGUGCCAGACUCAGGGAGGACCGGUGUGGCCUCGGCUGCUCGGCUUGCAUGUGCACGAAAGCUCGAAGGCAGAGCAAUGCUCGAGAGCUAGUAGGUGUCAGUGUAUGAUCGACUCCGUGCGGAACACCGAUUUCGGACCAACAGCGCGGAGGUGUGUCUGGAUUGUGAUGUCCUUACCGCUCCGCAAUUCUCCCAGCGCAAGAAGAAGAAGCGAGCUUUGACCUUCCCCACGGUGCCGACACAUCUGCUCGGGAGACGUACUACAUAUGUUUUAGGUUGUUAUGUGGGCAUCUGGGGGAAGCUAUGUCGCCUAUCACACAUCGCUUCGUGAAAACAAAUGGCAUCAAUAUGCACAUUGCCGAAGCAGGAUCAGGACCUACAGUAAUUUUGGUGCAUGGGUUUCCAGACUUCUGGUACUCAUGGCGUCACCAGCUAUCUGCUUUAGCAGGGGCCGGGUUUCAUGCAGUUGCUCCAGAUGUUCGGGGCUUCGGUGAAACUGAUGUACCGAUAGGAGCAGAGAAUUAUACAGCUUUUGAUAUAACUGGUGACCUUGUGGGGCUUAUCAACGCUCUUGGCGACGAGAGGGUUUUCGUGGUUGGCCAUGACUGGGGAGCAGAGCAUGCCUGGAAUCUAGCUCUACUUUGGCCGGAUAAAAUACGAGGAGUGGUCACUUUAAGUGUUCCUUACAGCCCCAGGCAAGAAAAAGGAAGCAGUCUGAAAAUUCUGGGAUCGCGAUUGGGCGAUGGAUGGUACAUGAGCCAGUUUCAGAAACCAGGGUACGCAGAAUCUGAGUUUCGUCGCAUUGGCUUGUCAACGUUUCUCGGACAUGUUUUACUUUCUUCAUCAACCAAACCCUGGGUUAUUCCCGAAGGCAAAAGCCUCGGUGAUGACAUGCAGGGACCUGUAGAGCUAACUCCGUGGUUGACGGCCGAGGAUUUAGAUCGUUAUGUCGAGGCAUUUGAGAAAAGUGGUUUGACCGGACCAAUCAACGUAUACCGUGCUAUAGAGAGAACAUGGGAGCAACUAGCUCCGUACACCAAGGCGAAGAUUCAAGCACCCGCAUUCUUCAUAGCGGGCUCGCGGGAUAUUGUUUGGCAUGUUCCAGGCACAAGAGCCUACGUGGAGGGAGGAGGCUUGAAGCAUUUUGUGCCCAAUCUCAGAGGAUAUGUCGUUCUUGAUAGCGGCCAUUUUAUGCAGCAAGAGAAGUCUGAAGAGGUGAAUCAGCUACUGAUCAAGUUUCUCCAACAGGAAUUGAAUCAACAAAGCAGGCUGUAGAUAUGUAGCUUAUUAGCGAUCACGUCGAAAUUGCAUACAAAUUUGCCUACUAAGUGGUUGGAGGCAAGGGUUGAGGCUCCGUCGUGAUGAAUGACAUAGCAGUGACAUGUGAAUUCUAAGCAGUUCUUGUUUCCAAAUAGGUGAAUAUUACUGGAAUACAACAAUCCAACUGGACAUAGUGCUCAUACGAGGGGGGCCUUCCAACUUAACUAUGUAUAUAUGAAGGCAUUGUUUCCUGCUCUUAGAACUUUUCCACCGCACCACACAACACACCCCCUUAUGAUGAGAUCUGCUGGUAGUAUCAAAACUCUCCACAAUUCGUGCCUCGGACCUCUAUGUCCCUCUGUAAAUUAAUGAUACUGUAACAGCCAACCCAAUCAAUUCAAAUAAGUAAACGCCACCAGAGGCUCACUUUACAAUUAUUCUAAAUUUGAAUUGACAGGGUUUGAAGAACUUCGUCUUUUAGCUUUCCAGACAGUGGAAUUGACUUCCACUGUGGCAGACAC